GCCUUUUUUCUUUAUCGUUUGAGGGCGAAAUAGCACAGAUAAUUGUAAACACAAUGGCAACGACACGAAGCCCUUUCUCCUGUUAUUCGACUUAAAGAAUGGUCAGCACACAAGUCAAGCUGUUCGCCUAAACUAAAGCAACACUUUAGGCAAACGUUAUUGAAGAAAAAGUCGGCACUUAUUUCCACUAUGUUAAAAUUCAACUUCAGGAGGGAGAAAGACAACGACUUUAAGCAUAUAGCUCACGGUUUGGUCCCUGCUGCCUCCAUUGCCCCCAAGCCUGCUGUGCCUCGUACCCCGCCCCCUCGCAGCCCAAACCCCUCACCUGAGAGACCCAGAUCAGCCUUAGCAGCAGCCAUCUGGUCUUCGUCGCUCACUGGACAGACAUGGGCAAUCCCCCCCAUCCGGCCGAGGUCUUUCUCUGAAAGUGGCCAAUCAGAGUCCUUCAUAUCUGAGCCAAACAUCAGCACAGAACUUCUCAUCAGGGACAGAUGGUCAGAAGAUUUGGGCAGCAGAACACACCUGUCCUCCGCUGACCACUCAGAGGAGGAGUUGGAAGACAAGGAAGAGGAGUUGGAGAGUGAAGAGGACAGGGAGGAACAUGUUUACCAAACUCUUGAGAGAGAGGUGAAUUGUUCGAUCACAGAACCUAUCUAUUCUGUGCCAUUAAAACCUAAGCCCAGUACAUCCCAGAUCAUUCAGAUGUCUAGCAGAAGAACACCUUCUCCAGAUCUUCCUGAGGAAACAAGUGUCCAUUGUGGUGAUUCUACCAAGAAGAAAGCCUCUGUCAGGAAGAGCCCUGGAAGUCGGGGAGAUGCGCAGCGUGGGUCCGAGCCACCCAUCCUAACCACCGACCCACCCAGCCAAGCCAAAAACCUGAAACCCCCCACCCUGCCGUCUCCAAAGCCCAGCAAGGCAUGCAAUGAGGUGCAGAGGGAGGUAGUGAGGGCCUUGCCAGUGGAGGACACAAGGAUGGUAGAUGAACAAAAGCUACUGGAGGAGCGACUGCAACGGCUGGAGCAGGAGAUCAGUCACGGCCAAGCCUCCAACCCGAGGUCAUCUGCAGGCAGCCAGGCAGAGCUACUGAAUCUGAGGCAACACGCUCAGGAGCUGGUGGAUGAGAAUGACGCCCUCAAAUUGACAGUCCACCGUCUGAACGUGGAGCUGAGCCGCUACCAAACCUUCUUCAGACCGCUGUCCAAACAGGAGAGUUCAAGAAUCAGUGGCUUACCAAAGACAGGGUCCCCUCCUCCCUGGCUGCUUGACAUGAAGUAUUUAUCUCCUUUGGUGCUGGCCUAUGAAGACAGGAUGAACGAGAACGAUGCACUUCGGCAAACCACUGAGGAGGAGGUGAAGAGGUUGCGUGUUCAUGUAGAAGCUGUGAUCCAAGAAAAUGAGAGACUCCAUGGUGAAAUUGCAAAGACCGAAGGUGUCAGCCAGAAGAACUGUCAUCAGCUCCAACAACAGGCCCUGCUGGUGUUGCAGGAGAACCAGGUUCUGAUUGAUCAGCUCGAGGCUCAGCACGUUAAGGCCAAGGCCAGCCACAGCAGACACCAUUCUGAAGUGUCCAAGGUGUCUAAGAAGCUGAUGUUGUUAGAGGCGGAAAAACAGCGUUUGCAGGAGGUCCAGGAAGAGAGCAGGAAAGAGUUGCAGAAAAAUGGAAGGGAGGCCCAAGUGCUCCAAGCCCGUCUCAAGGACGCCGUGACCUGGGACGAACACUGCAACAUAGCUGGGAAACUCAGACGACAAUUGGAGCAGCAGGAGAGUCAGAAUAAAAGUGAGAUGGACGAGUUACUUCUCAGAUUGUCCAGCCUGCAAGAAGAGAAUAUGCGUCUGGCUCUGGACAAGGCCGACCUGACUGCUGACAUAAAGAGAAUGGAGGCUGAGCAGGACCUCACCAAACAAGCCAACAGGAAAGCUGAGCGAAGGGUGAGUGUAUUGAAGAGACAGAAGGAAGACUGCGUGUUGAAAGAGGAAAAGACUCGGCAAUACAUGGGAGCUGUCAUUUCUGUGGCUGAGCACAUUUCCCUGGAGAGAGACCAACUCUUACAAAUGGCUUCCGUUCUUCAGCAGGAAAAGCAGGGAUUUGUCAGCAGGAUCCUGAAUGGCACAUUACGAUUUGGAAAACUACAGGAAGAAGUCAAAGUGUACCGGAGGCAGGCGUCAACCAGACUGGCAGUGUUGGAGGAGGCUGCGGAGGGGCAGACUGCUUCUUGCCAGAGGGAGAUCCUUCACCUGCAGAGGCUGCUCAAAGAAAGGCAGGAGGCUGAGGAGAGACUGCUGCAGUCCAAACGGGAAGUAGAGGAAGAGCUGGAGGUGGUGUGGCAGGCAGCAACCAGGGAGAACCGACAGAUGAGAGAGACUCUUUUGGACUCGAUGCUCAGUGCAGACCUCCACGGCAGCGCCUCUCCUGGCCGGCCUUCCCAGGCUCCAGAUGAGGCCACUGCAGCCACCCAGCAUCAAACACACGGCUCCGGGCCUCUCGCCUUCACCUCUUGUCAAAGCCCCGGGCACCAGAGAAGGUCCAUAUUUAAAUGCGACUCAGACCACCAAAACAACCCCUUGGACGAGAGGCAUAAGCAUGGGCUGGAUUUCUAUUGUUAAGAUUCCUGAAGCCAUAAGCCAUAGGUGUGUUCACUCAUAAUGGCGAGAUAGAAUGUGGAGAUAACUACAUUAUGGAUGUCAACGUACCAGCAUUAGCCAGGACCCCUUUGUUUCGCAGGUGAAACCUUAAAACUUGCACCGCACCGUCCUCUGGAACAAAACUGCAUUGAACUACUUUGUAAGCACAUUCCUCCGGUAGAAACAUGGAUGGAAAGUGAAGUGGAGGCAAUGGCCGUCUGGGUAAUGUCACUUCAAACUUUUGUGUCCUGCUAGGAAGCUUGGUUUGGGCACAAGGAUUGCAGUGAUAGAUAUAGUACAUGGGCAACAACAAAAAGCAGAACGAAGCAGUUUUGACAGCGUGCCAAAAUAUACCUGGCAUCUGGCUUGGUAGUAAGAAAGAAUCUUUAUAAAGAUUUUUUUACCUGUUAAAUUUGUCUG